CAACUUUAAUACAAAAUGUUGUGUUCUGUUGACCAAUUACGAGUAGAGUAGAUAGUAGAUACAUCAUAUUUUACGAACUGGUUUAUCGCUUUGGUUUUCGUACUCGUCGUUAUCCAACUCACUGGUCACUGAUUUUUUCCCCAGUCAGAUAUAUAUUCUACCUAUGUGCGUUUUCAUUCGUGCAUAUUAAAAUUUACAGUUAUUAAGCUGGAUUUUUGCAGCCGAAUCGCAUCGAAAGUUUCUGUCGACAAAGCAUUUAUAUUCUGAACAUGGAUUUCAUAGACAACGGUUUCAUUCAGAGCAUCAUUCAAGCUGAAAAAAACAAAAACAACGUCAAAUUACUAGACUAUAAAAUCUACCGAAAAGCAGUCGGAGAAGGUAACAAUGUUAGCAGCGAAGUUUCAAGAUUACGCGUGAAUUACGAAAAGGAUGGAAAAAUUAUUGAAAAAACCUUUUUUAUGAAAAUACCUUCCCUGUCUCCCUUAUAUGGUAUUUUAAAACGAGUAGGAAUCUACGAAAAAGAAUGCCACAUGUACACGACGAUUCUACCCGAAAUGCACAAAUUGGUCCAAAACGAAGACAGUCUGUCUCCCAGAUGCUACCUCAGUACAGACUCGAGCAUUUUAAUAUUCGAAGAUCUUCGCGAAUCUGGUUACGAAAUAAUCGACCGUCGAGCUCAGUUAGAUUUCGAACAAACUGCAGCAGCAUUUCGUAUCUUAGCCAAGUUUCACGCACUUUCGCUGAAAUUAAACGAAACCCAUCCUGAAGAAUUAAACCGAGUUAAACGAGAGUGUAUCUAUUGUCCUGGAAAUAUUCAAUUAAUCCAGUCUAGUUACCAAAGACUUCUACGAGUUGUACAACAAACUCCUCAAAUUAAACACUUACACUCGAAAUUAUUUCAGCUCAAAGAUAACUUAUGGGAUAUCACGUUGGAUUUAAUCGGAUCCAAAUCGAAUUCUUUAAAUGUACUGAACCAUGGCGACUACUGGUCUAGUAAUAUUAUGUUUAAAAAAGAAAAACAAGAUAUGAAAAUACGAGUAAAAUUGGUCGAUUUCCAAAAUUGCCGAUGGUGUAAUCCGGUCAUAGAUAUUUUAUCUUUGUUCAUAACCAGCGUUCAAUUCCAAGUUUUUGAAAACAAAGGUGACGAUUUACUGGAAAUUUACCACGAUACGUUUACUUAUUGGUUGAAAUUUCUCAAAUGUGAAGAAACGUAUACUUUGGACGAGUUGAAAACUGAUAUGAAAAAUACAUAUUUAUUCGGAUUGAACGUUAUCGCCGGUGUUUUACCUUUGGCCAUGAGAAAACCUAAUGAUUUGAAUUUAAAGAAAGCCGUAGACGAUGAAAAUAAUAUCAACAACGAUGAAGCCGCCAGAAUGUAUCAAGAAGAGAAAUACAUAGAUGCUGUUAUUAAAUGGAUGCUGUUUUACGAGGAAAAUGGUGUCAUCUAGAAAAAAAAAUGAUUGAAAAUGCAGAUUCAGUGAAGCAUUGAAGUCAUCACCAGCGAGGAUUUUUUUCCAAAAUAUACAUUAUUUUUCUGUUUCCUUAAAAUAAAUAAAAGUUUGAUCUUUGUUGGAUUUUGCACACAAUAUGAAUUAUGAAGGAGCUUUGAUUAUGUUUGCACCGUUUUAUUUUUAUUUUAUUUUUGUAAUUGUGUAAAAAAGAUAUUCAUUUGCAAUAAAUCGAAUUUGUAAGUUA